ACGGCGUGAGGGACUGUGACUUUCAUUCACUUAGGGUCGUAUCAAUGAUAUCAUCAAUUCGUCACAUUCCUUCUCCGCUAUCUCACUUAAAUCAGUUCUUCUUCUUUUACUAACUAGUCAUAAAUGAGUUGAGUGAGUCUCUGCUCUCCAUAACAGUAGGAAGUACUUGAACCAGUUUACAUGCUUUAAAUAUCUUGAAGUCCGGGUUAUUUUUAUUUUCACUUAGUUUUUACUCUUGAUCAGUAAUCUCCUAUCUUCAAAGAAGUAUGGAAGAUGAGUAUGCAAAGUUUAUCAGGAGAAUGAAUCCACCAAGAGUUGUUAUUGACAAUGAUGCUUGUGAAGAAGCCACUCUAAUUCAGGUUGAUAGUAUGAAGAAACAUGGGAUAUUAUUGGAAGUGGUUCAAGUUCUAACAGAUCUUAACUUACUCAUAACUAAAGCAUACAUAUCCUCUGAUGGAGGAUGGUUCAUGGAUGUCUUUAAUGUUACCGACCAAGAUGGGAAUAAACUCAAAGAUGAAGGAGUGAUCAACUACAUAAAAAUGACAUUAGAAGCGAAUGAUUGCUUCUUACCGUCUUUGAGAGAUACGGUCGGGGUAAUGCCGUCUGAAGACCACACAUCAAUUGAGCUUACGGGGACUGAUAGACCAGGUUUACUGUCCGAAAUAUGUAGUGUGCUUGCGGACCUUCGCUGCAAUGUAGUAAAUGCGGAGAUAUGGACGCACAAUGCUAGAGCCGCAGCUGUGGUUCAUGUUACAGACCAAUACACCGGUUGUGCAAUUGAAGAUGCGAAACAGCUUUCUACAAUUAAGGAACUCCUGUGCUAUGUUCUCAAAGGAAAUAAUGACAUAAGGACAGCAAAAAUGAUGGUAGCAGCACCGGGUGUUACUCAUAGAGAAAGAAGGUUGCACCAGAUGAUGUUCGAUGACAGGGAUUAUGACAAGGGCAAUAUGGUCAGGAUGAGGAGGGCCGAUGAUCAGGAUAAUAAACUGAGCACUGAAGUUACUUUACUGGAUUGCGUCGAGAAAGAUUACACUGUCGUUACUAUGAGGUCCAAAGAUCGGCCGAAACUCUUGUUUGAUACUUUGUGUACACUAACAGAUAUGCAGUAUGUUGUGUUUCAUGGAACCGUCAAAACAAGCCGGAUGGAAGCUCAUCAGGAAUACUAUAUCCGGCACAUUGAUGGCCUGCCUAUAAGCUCCGAGGCAGAACGGCAACGUGUGUCUCAAUGUCUUGAAGCAGCUAUCGAAAGAAGAGUCUCUGAAGGAUUGGAACUUGAGCUAUGCACGGAAGAUCGGGUUGGACUUCUCUCAGACAUUACAAGGAUUUUUAGAGAGAACAGUUUGUGCAUUAAGAGAGCAGAAAUCUCAACAAAGGGAGGUAAAGCUAAGGAUACAUUCUUUGUCACUGAUGUGUCUGGUAAUGCUGUUGACCCCAAGCUUGUGGACUCAAUUUGUCACCAAAUUGGAGUAACCGUUCUUAGAGUGAAAAGGAACUCACCUCUGUGUCCGAAGUCCCCACCGGAAACAACGGGAUUCUUUUUCGGGAAUCUCUUUAAAGCUCGCACGUUUCAAAAUUUUAGGCUAAUCAGAUCCUAUUCUUAGGACUCCAUGUUCAUACUCCGCAGAAGCUGCACAAAAUGUAAAAUACUACACUCAUCUAGAUACACUACAAGAAUAGGUUGUCCAUACAGUACCUGUACUCUAAUUUUGUAAUGCAGGGAUGAUCUUUAUGGUCCUGUAGUUACAUUGUGAAUAGUCGUCGAUUGUAAUAAUAUAAAAAGAAAAAAACUUUGAAUUGUGUAUAAAUGUGUUACAGUGUAGGUAAACUAGUGAUCAUCCAAAAGGGUAAAUCUGUAGAAUGGUGUAAAUAAUUAUGCAAAUGUAAAGAUUUAGAUUGAAUAGAAGAGAUACGUUCAAGCCA